GCGUCCUUCGCUACUGGUUAGCGCUCCGAUUUAUGUUUGGUAUUGGUUCACCUGUUCAUUCCUAUCGUUCCGUUUCCACCUAAAGUUCUGCAUAUAUCAUCAUCAUCAUCAUCAUCAUCAUCAUCAUCAUGUCGAUGUCCUGGAAUCCGAGCCCGAGCCCGAGAAAGUUCUACUAAUCUAUAGAAAUUAUAUGGAGUAUUUUUAGCUCGACAUUGAUGAAAAUGGCAGUGCAUGUUGAUUUCCGUAUUCCUAGACUUCAUGCUGUACUAGCCGCCCAGGCAUCAGAUCUGCUUUUGAAGGUUUUGCCCCCGUAUGUUUUUUUCGCGAACAGAAACGAGAUCGUGGCUAUUCGCAAUCCCAAGUACAAGAUUGUUCGGCUCCGAUAACAUAUAUGUUGAACUAUGGACAGCAACCAUGUCGUCGACUGUCUGAAUUUUGAAAAAAAACAAAGAUAGACCUCCGGAAAGUAGAAUCGCAGCAGGCCCUUGACGAGCUAAUGGCUGCCUUCUCUGAACAAGAAUCGCGAGUGAGCGCAUGGUUUGACUCAGAAGUCGUUGCCGAAUUGCGUCGCGACUUCGACACUGCUGACAUAGAUGGGUCCGGCACCAUCGAUGUGAACGAAGCAUGCUUGCUCUUUGCUCGCAAGACAAAAAGUGCAUCGCGCGAUUACUUUGGGGUCGACGAUCAGCAUGAUGAUCCGGCGAAAUUGUCAAGAGCGGGCACUCCAGAAAGCAGCAGCAGUAGCGCUGUAUCGGUGGGGGUCAUAUCCUCGCCUGCAAAUCACGGCAGUGCCAGUGCGAACACGAAAACAGAUGGGGUCGACCAAGAGUCCUAUCGAUUAGCAAUGCGGAUGCUGCAACAGAUGAACGUGAAAGAUGGAAAAAUCACUUUUGAGCAAUUUUGUUUUCGUUUUGGGAGACGAUUGCAGCAGGAGCGCAAUCGGCAGCGGCGACUUCUCUCUGUCCCGCAAGGUGAGGAGGCAUUCUUUCGUGAGCACACGCAAACAACCUCUGAUUGCGCGAAGAACAAGUCGAGAAGUUCUGUACAAGAUGAACUUCUACGAGCAACUUGUACUAGAGGUGACAAUGGUAAAGAUGAUGCUGCUACAGCGUCGUCAACAUCUCCAGACGAACAGAGCGUUUGCGGCUUCCUUGCGCGACCUGUGUCAUCACGACCCGGCGUGUGUGAUGGGAUUGUCGCUGAGGUGAACAAGGUGCGGGCCGAAGCGGGCUUGGCGCCACUGCAGUUGCAUGUAAGGCUCGUGCGCAGCGCUCUCCGUCAUGCAACCGAUGUCGCUAGGGGGCGGCGUGGCUUUUCUCAUGCAGGUGCCGAAGAGCGAAUCGGGGAGUGCGGUUUUUUUGAAGGAAUCGGAGAAAAUUUGGCCCGAUUAGAUGGGUACUCGCUAAGCGCGCUCGCGGAAUCUACUGUCCGAGGUUGGAUGGAAUCAGAUGGUCAUCGGCGGACAAUGCUCCUCCCAGAUUUCAAUGUUUGUGGGAUCGGCGUUGGCGCGCGAGGCACCUUGCAGCAGUCACGGGUUGUUGUUGAUCAUCUCGAGGUUCAGAACCACCACCACGACAUGGGUGCAGGAAGAGGAGCUGCCGACGUCCCAUGCGGAACGUAUGAAACGCUAUUCGUGACCAUGCUUUUUGCGAUAGAGAGCGAGCGCGCGCGGGCAGCCAACUGUGAGGGACGAACGCGACUAGUCGAUGGAUCAGUGUGCCGCGAACCUCGAUUGGAGACAACUUUGGUGAGCUGCGUAGCAGACGCGGUGGACGAAAUACUUGGUCAAGACAGGAAUUUGCAAGUGAGAAAAUCCUUAGUCUCGACAAUCCGCAGCUCCGAGACGACCAGUCGCGAAGGAAACAGCGCUGGCGCAUCGCACUGUGGCACGCCAAUUGACGGCAGUUUUGUUUCGCCGGGGACCGAAGCCAGCGAAGGCACAGCAGCCGGCCAGAGAGCUGGAAGAACUAAUGGCCAUUCAACACCGAGUAGGCCUUUCGGUCAAACUGAUUCGUACCCAGGGGAAGAGGAUGGGGCGACAAAUAAUGCGGGGCCUGAGCAUACAACAUCAAAUUUUUCUGAUCGCGGCGUUGCAGCCAACCCGUGGGCUGAUUUGUGGGCGCAAGGAAAGGAAGCGUUUGCUGCUUACCGGGAACCCAUUCUCUUCCUCGUUGCGUGGCUGCUUUCGUUUGCGUUCCUGCAUGUAGGGAACCACGACCUGCGGGACCUCCCGCGGUUGAUUCGUAGUGUAGAACAGAACUAUGCGUGGCUCCUCCAGUACUUUCCGGCAGAAAUUUUAGGAUCAGCAUCAGAUGAAGACUACCAUCAUUCUAGCAGCACAGGUGGAUCACAUAGAGGAAAUCCAGAGUGUUGGAACGGUGGAUUUUCGUUCGAAAUAUGUUGUAACCCACCAGGGACAGGAAAUGCGGAGUGUUGGGAUGGAGUCUACACCUAUCAGCGAUGCUGCCAAUCGUGAAGGAGAGGUGAACCCUCUUCUACUUAGGCAGGUGGUUCAC